AGACAUUUCAUCAAAAUAAAAAAGAGAUGAAUUGUAGGCGAAUAAUUUCAGAAUUUCUGAAUUUGCGCGGAUUUUAUCUUUUUACAUACCGAAGAGUUGGCGAUUGUACAAUCAAUUGUGGAACUUGUCUCUGUCUCCGCCAAAUAUUUUGUCUGCUACCAAAAUGCAUGUACCGAGACACAACUUCCAGAGUAACUGAAAUAAAUCUACGAUAUUUUGUCAUCCGUACACGAUUAUGCAUAGCAGAGUCGCUACCUUACCGUCACAAGAAGACUAACAAACACUUGUUCGUUUUUCAUUGGAAAAAUAAUAGGAUUGGCCAAAUGCAAGUCGUCAUUGUGCAUUUUUGGAGGCACCAACAAAAACAGUAACAUGAUAGCUCGAGUUACCUAAUAACUGUGCGACCAGUUGCUGAGUAUUCUUGUGUCUAUUCAAAUUCUCCACAUAAUAAACUAAAAAAUCAUGGAACAAAUAGGCAGUAAGAGUAAUCACCUGGAGAUGAAAAAAGAUCUGAAAGAAAUAUUUUUCGCUGGAUUAAACUCAGUGAAACCUCACGUGUUAAUUCAGAAUAAAAUUCGAGUGAGUGGAAACAAUUUAUUAGUAGAAAACAAGACUUACGCAUUAGGUACGAAUGUCUAUUUAAUUGGUUUCGGGAAAGCAGUGAUGGGAAUGGCUAUCGAGAUGGAGAAAUUGCUGGGAAAAAGAAUAACUAAAGGAAUCAUUAGCAUCCCUCGGGGCUCCAUAAAUCAACAAUUAGAGGGAAUUAAUUUGUCAUAUUUUAAGUCGACAGGUGUUGUAGAUUAUCGGGAAAAUUGUGUAAAUAAUACAGCAGAUGAGGAAACCCUAAAAAUCACUCGAGAAAUGAUGGAUUUAGUAGCGUCUUUUGAUGAAAAUGAUACUUUAAUCAUCUUAGUAUCAGGCGGAAGUUCCGCUCUUCUCUCAAUGCCCCCUCCCUCCAUAACUCUGGAUAUGAAAAAUCAAUUCUGGAAAAAAUUACAGAACUGUGGAGCUAGUAUUAAAGAAGUUAAUAUUAUUAGAGAAAAAUUGUCAAAGGUUAAAGGAGGAAAAUUUGUAGAAUUAGCUCACCCAGCCACUGUCAUCAGUCUCGUCCUAUCAGAUAUAAUUGGGGACCCACUGGAGCUAAUUGGUGGGGGCCCAACAUUUUGUGCCUCAAGAAAUCCCUCCGAAGUCUUCCAAAUAAUUGAUAAGUAUAAUAUAAAAAACAUCGACACUGAAAUAAUAAAAUUAUUAAACAGUAAUGAUACUCGUGAUAAAAAUAAAUUUAAUAAUGUGAAUAACUUCGUUAUUGGUAAUAAUUCGUGUGCGAUAAAUGCAGCACGAGGUGAAGCAAUGAAAAAAAAUUUCAAAGUGAUUUAUCUGUUCAACGAUGUUGAGGGACUCGUGAAAAAUGUCAGUAAAAUGUACGUCAAACUCGUCCACAUUUUUUGUAAAAUUUUGGAUAAUUCAAUAACGAAAAAAGAGUUUACAGACUGUGUCAAAAAUUCUGAAGGUCUAGAAACGAUAUGCGAAAAAGUUGAUGCAAUUUUUUCGAUUUUGGAAGAGCACAGCGAGACUAAUGAUAAAAGACUAGUGCUGAUAGGCGCUGGUGAGCCAUCGGUUGUCGUCACAGGAACAGGAAAGGGUGGAAGAAAUCAGGAAUUAGCUCUGCAAUUCUCCCUGGAUUGGGCCCAGGAGACAGAAACAAGUCCCAAGUUGAAGAAAUUUGAUGUUCUACUCUUAAGUGCUGGGACUGAUGGACAGGAUGGACCGACUGAUGCUGAUGGAGCCUUUGGUCGUGCUGAUAUUGCAAAAAACGAGAAAAGUAAGGAUUAUUUAAUGAAUAAUGAUGCUUACAAUUUUUAUUCGGAUUUUGAGGAUGGAGGGGACUUGCUGAAGACAGGAUUUACGGGAACUAACGUGAUGGAUCUUCACUUGAUUUAUAUUAAGACGAAAUAGUUAUGCCCAUCACUACAACGGAAAGUGUCCAAUGAAGGAAAAUCGUUACAAUGUUAGUAAAAAUUGUCUUUAUCAAUAAGGAGUAGAUUUAUAUUGAGUAAUUAACAAAUUCUUCCGAUUAAUAAAAUUAACUUUCAUUCAUAGAAAUAAUAGUGCAAGUAAAAUUUGGAAAAAAUGAUUGAUCUUUAGAUGCAGUCAUUUAUAAAUAAAUAAUUUAAAGAGUGACAUCAACUCAGGAAUUUUAAGGAAAUCUGUCGGCUAAAAUAUUUUUGACAAUAGAGAUUAGUCACGCUUAGCUCAUCAUGGAUUUUUGAAAUAGCUUUUCUUAAUGUUUCAUUAUGGAAAAAAUGACAGAUGAAGAAACUAUGCACACGAAAUGAAUGAUUAAUUGUAGUACUAGAGUUAGUGAAAUUAGAAUUAAUUAUUAGUCGAGUUAAUUAUGCAUUUAUCCACUGCACGUAAACAAAUUAUACUAUAC